UUCACUUUUCUUCUCGUCCGCUGUGCGGCUGCAGCUGGUGUUGCUGGCUAACAUUUUCCAGCUGUGCGAUCUCUGAACCGACUCAACUCAGUACAACAGACGAAGGUGGUGAAACAACCAAAACACACACGACCAGCAGCGAAAAACCUUCAGAGUUGGUGGCGCAAGAGUCGGAAGAAGACGACGAAGAAACCUCAAGGGAGAAAGUGACGUGUUUUUCUUUCGAGUAGUGACUGCCACCACCAGCCAGUUGUUAUGUGCGACGCGAAAUAAACAAGAGUUUGGGCUUAGUUCUGGGUGCAGAAAAAACGGUUCCUAAGCUGUGGAGAGUGGGGGCCCGACAAUGGCGACCCCGGAGAAAGAUAACUGUUCCUCGUCGUCGCAUUACGCACUGCACGUAGCGCUGCAGACGAUGAAGGAACGAUGCCAAAGCCUCCAGAAGCGUUUGAGUACGGUGGAGGAGGAAAAUCUUGCGCUGCGGAUGGCCCAGUCGAGUAUUCAGCCGAGUACGGGACUGUCCGGGGCGGAGACGGCCAUCGAGCGACGAGUUUCGAACCAGACCGAGCUGGAAGUGCUGCGCGAGAAGGUAUCCGAGCUGUCGCGACAGAAGAUCCAGCUGAUGGACCAUAUUUCGAUGGUGGCGGCUGAGAAUCGACAGCUGUGGAGUCGACUGUCCAAGCUGACUAAAGAUAGCCAGACGGGUGAGGUCGAUGCUGGCAUUGUCGGCAGGUUGAAGGACUCCGCUGGUGGAGGUUCGCAAAACUUGAUCCGAUCGAAGACAUUCACCAAAAACGCUCCCAAUCCGAAGCUGCGCGAUCCAAGGUUGCCACGGGAGGGUGCUGAUGGUUCGUCCUCGUCAGAUGAGAUGAACCUGGACCUGGAGGACGUUUCGCUGCUCAACAAGUGCGGCUUCAUUGACAGUGCUGGCCCCGGGGGUGAAAUGGGCUUCUUGCAGCAGGACGGUGAUGAAGGGGUGCUGAUGUUCGACGUGGAGACCAACCCCGAUGCCAAGCGGUGCACCGAAGGGUUGCUCGAGAUCCAGAAGGAACUGCUGCGACAGCAGACCGUGCUAAGGGUCGCACUAGGGAAACUGCAACUUAAGCAAGAAACCUGCCAAUCCUGCAGGAACCGAAAAGGAGAUGCCAAACCCCAAAUGGUGGAUAAAACUGUGGAAGUGGGUAACGACCUUCCCGCACAGAACCUGACAGCAGCCGAAGCCGGUCCGGAAGAUCUUCCCCUGCCGGAAGUGCCAAAGCCCGCCGCUACGGUCCAACCUGCGGCAACGGAAACCGAGGCCACGACGCUCAAGUACGUCAACAUUCUGCAGGAGAAGAUCAAGGCGGACGCGCUGGACAAGAUGUGCCCGAUGUGCGGCAAGAUCUACGUCAAGAACGUACCGUUCGAUGAUUUCCAAGAGCACGUCGAGUCGCACUUUAUCGACGCCGACAACGAGCUCGACCUGAGCCUGGACCGGACGUACGAGUACAUCUCGCAGACCGUGGGCAACUUUUGACCGGACGCCGAGCCGAGACGGAUCUACUUCUUUAGCGAACUUUGAGCGGCGCUGGGAACGAAACAAAACAGGAAAUGAGAGGUUUUAACCCGUGUUAAGUAAGAGUAAGAGCACUGAUUUUUAUUAAAAAAUGGUUUGGAAAGCAAAAGUAAGUAUUGUUGAGUGAGCGAUGCUAAGUGAAACGUAUUCAUAAAUUACUGUCACGACUGUACUGCUCCAAAACAGAGUUUCAGUACUUAGUGCGCGACAUAUUUAAUCAAAUCAAAAAGUAAAUAUUUACUCCUAGCUCUCGGUGCACGCACCUGUAAACAUUACAAGUCCAUGUUGAUUGCAUCCUAUGUAGCCUUCUAGUUUACGCGGUAUUAACUAAUAAAUUACUUCUGAUGAAGAUCAUUCCUGCAAAUAAA